AUGGAAGCUGAGGGAGGAAAAUCCGACUCGAGACCGGUUGUUCCAUCGGCAGACGCCCGCGACCCAGCCUACUUCCAGUACUACGCGCAAUUUGUCCACCAACAGAAUAUGUUGCAGGAUACCGUCCGCACUUCGGCGUACAAUGCUGCAAUAGUGGGGAAUGGGCCGACGAUGUUCAAGGAUAAGCUGGUGAUGGACAUUGGGGCUGGGAGUGGCAUCUUGUCGUACUUCGCAUGUCAGGCCGGCGCACAGAAGGUUUACGCUGUAGAAGCAAGCGAUAUGUCGAAGAAAAUCCAAAAAUUGGUCGACAACGCCAGCCGGCGCAAUCCAUGGCUAAAAGACCGGAUAGAAGUCGUUGCAGACAAGAUCGAGAACUGCAACUUAGCGAAAGUCGACACAUUAAUCAGCGAACCUAUCGGAGUGCUCCUCGUGCAUGAGCGCAUGAUCGAGUCGUACCUCGUUGCGAGAGACCGGUUUCUGAAACCUGGUGGGGCUAUGAUUCCGUCGAAUGGGAAUAUAUACCUGGCGCCUUUCACGGACGCAAAUUUGUGGACGCAGACGAUGGCGAAAGUGCGGUUUUGGGAGCAGUCGAACUUCUACGGCGUGGAUUUCAGCCCAUUAGCCCAGGACGCCCGUGACGAGGUUUUUGGACAGCCGGUAGUCGGCUGCUUCGACUCUCGCAUCCUGCUUGCUCAACCUGUUUCGCAUUUCGUGGACUUCAUGACGAUAACGAUAGCCGAGCUGCAGAAUAUCGUCAUCCCUUUCACGUGGAAGGUGCCGUUCACCGCCCUCAUACAUGGGAUCGCUGGAUGGUUUGACAUCAACCUCGGCGGCAUGAUACUCAACACCGGGCCUUACGCGGAACGCACGCAUUGGCAACAGGUUCGGUUCUUACUGAAAGAACCACUAGCAGUCAACGCCUUUGAAACGGUCAAAGGGUGGAUGCGUCUCACCGUCAACAUGUCCCGUUCUUACGAUAUCGUCGCCGAGAUCGUCACGGGGGAUGAGACACCGACGUCCGAUCCGGCAGAUAUAACUGCAGAAGGGGCAGGGGACGAACGGGCGACGCCAGUGGGGUAUGGUAAACGCCGUGGCGCAUGGGCGUUGCAUGAGCAGACGUAUGUUUACGGGGCUGACUUGGAUUAUUCUAAGGUUCGUCCUGAGUUCCUCGCCAUGUACACCCCCGAAAACGCUGCUCCGCCGGAAAUCAAUAUGGACAUAGGGAUGGGAAUUGGCGGUAUACCUGGACUGGUGGAUAUGGACUUGACGGCGGCAGACUUGGACGCGCUUGUUGGGAGGUCGUGA